AUGUAUUCAAAAGUGCUGAACUAUCCCACGGCUAGCAACAAUACGAACGCACAUUCACGCUUCGUGGCCAGUUCCUCGGAGGCAGUUUCCACCAGUACAAGCACGAGAUCCUCGUCAUUCAACUACGACAACCUCAGCUACGACGAUAUACUGUGCGCGGUCUGCCGAUCGGUUCUUAACGAGCCGGUAUUUCUGCCGUGCCAACAUCUGUUUUGCCGCAACUGCAUCCGUGGAACGAUCGAAAAAAACAACCUGUACUGUCCGUGCUGCAGGAAACGGUUUGGCACAUGGUAUCGUAACGCUUCCCGUGCCAACGGGCUCGUGCACGAGCAGCUUUGGCGUGCAAUCCAAAGCCAGUUCCGUGAGCACCUGGAUGAAGACAACCCGUCGGGCUCGUUAAAAGGUACAACGGCGCAACAAAUCCCGCCAACAUCCAGCAUACAAUUGGCCAGUCACGGAGAAAUUGGAAAGGAGUACAAAGACGAAUUGAAACGUUUCCAAAAGGAACUUUUCGAAGAAAAGACUAAAGAACUGUCCGCUUCCGAGCAGUACAUCAUCAAUCUAUACAAACAGGAAGGUAUUAUUGACCUUGCUGAUAACAGCAGCCAUGUUUCUGUGUCCUCGGCCACCACUCCCGAUCUGGUAGAUAGUGCUGAAGGCGAAAAAAGUGCAUUUGAAGCUAAUGCACUAGCCAGCUCCGGCUCUGUGGCAGGACCAUCGACGAUGCGUAAGCAAACUCUGCCAAUUACAAUGGGGACGCUUAACGGAACAAAGGCCGGACCGUUCACUGCUAUCUCACCAUCGAGUGGAAGUGUCAUCUCCAUUUCCUCGACGUCAUCAGCUGCGUCCGGUGUGACCGCUUCAUCGUGCGCUACGUCGUCUGCCUCAGGACGCUACAGUUUAAUAAAAUCCGUUGCCCAAAAGGUCGGCCGGUCGGCAGAGAUUGUCAAACAAAAAGUGCAAGACACAAUCUUGCAUCGAUUAACGGCGGGAAAAUUGCAGCAACACCAACGAACUUUGAACGCCACCGAUCUGAACAAGAGCGAACUGUGCGUCAAGCCAACCGCAGUGCACAAGCUUGAACGGCGUGGUGUGGAGGGCGAAGGAACCGAAUGCGACGAUUCGGACAGUUUGAAAUCGGAACAGAACCACUUCAUUCCGAUCGUUCAAUCGAUGCCGAAAAGCUGCUUCUCGUGCAAUACAUUUCGGCGUGUGCCAACCGUCCGGCCUGUUCCAUCGCCGCUAAAGUACGAAUCAUCUCCGAAGAGCAGUUCGUUUCAGCCGUUAAAACACAAAAGAUUGUUGUCGGCAUUUAAGGUUGUGAAAUUAACAGUUCUAACUCCCCCGAAAAUCCUGUGGCCGGAAAGCUGCGAGCAAUCGGCGGAGUCCCUUGGGCCUUCUACAUUUAAAAAGAAAGUCCCCACCCCAACCAGGACGCCGCGUCCACGUGGCCGUCCUCGUCGUAUAAAGCUCAAGUUUACACCCACCAAAAUACAGAAACCUUCGGCAAAGCAUGCAAGUACCGUAAGUUCUUCCGCCAACAGUCGAACACGACGCACUGUAGUGGAAGGGCCUAGCACUAUAAAGGAUAUUAUAGUUAGCGAUCAGCAACGACGGGAGCAACAGAUUGAAAUGGAACGGCGAGAUUUUGAGUUUGCCCAAAAGCUGCAACAAAAGCUGAAUCGAUCGUCCGGUGUAAUGCAAGAGAUUCUAAGGCAACAGCCUCCGGUUUAUCGUAGCACCGGCUAUUCGCUCCGCCGCAAAGGCCCUGCCGAUGUCAGUGCCAGUAGUGGUCAAAAUAAUAGCACCAUGUUCAACAGCUCGGCCAAUAGUAUGCCCAGUCCCAGCAGCACAAACAAAACUUCCGCUCAAACGACGCGCAAACGUAAGGCUACCAGCAGUAGUGUGGAAAAUGACGUUCCUUCCAGUUCCUCGCCGGCAAAGCGAGUUACAACACAAAUGAAAACAAGACGUCAAACGAAACAGUUUCGUAUGAAAAAUGGGAACGAUUCUAGUCUAGAUGAACCGCCAGAUCAUCUGGAAGUACAGCAAAAGCAUUCGUGUCCAGCACCACUGCGUAAGUCUACUAGAAAUAAGACCCGUUAA